ACAUUACACUGCGAUGCACUCCGGGAUGCAUUAGUGUCAAGAUCACCGUCGAGCUUAUUGCACACAAUUUGUUCGUGCACCCACAAAAACGAGCCAUUUAAAAAAAGUUAAACAUUCCAUUUAGUGUGAUUUAAGGACCCACGUUUAGAUACGUUUUGACCUGGUAGCUCUCUUCCGUGGGUAGGAUCAGGACGCGAUCAUCAGGAGUGCUCGCCACCUCUCAGUUCUAUUUGGAGGCUUGUUGAGGGCUGUCCCAAAUUUCGUGCGUACUUAUCCCUGUGCUCGUUGUAGGCUGUACCGUAGGUUUCGAUCAUGAAGGUUUCGUGAGUGAAGAUCGAACCUGCGUUCCGAAGAUCUGAUUUACCAUUGAUUGUUCCAGAAAUCUACUAACCUCAAAGCCCGGCGUGAUAACAAUAUGAGCAAUCCUCCGAUUCAAACGAGCGAUGAGCUGGAGAUAGCCGAAGCUCAAAACUCUCUGUUUGAGCUAUUGUACGAUUUUGCGGCCCGGGGAAUGUCAACCCGUGCUGGCCAGUUCGUAUACCGUCGGGUAGAUAAUCUACUUUCAAAGAUGGAGAAAACAGCCCGAUGGAGUGUCCCACAAACGCCGGCCAUCGAUGACGGCAGCGGGAAGUUGAGUAUUUCCGCCCCACCCCUGGUGCGUCCCCUACCAUGGAUACUCUUUCUACCGGCACUGAUAGCAUUGAGACUGGUCCGCGUCGCACUCUCUCUGCUGGCAUUGAUGGUCGGAAGGCAACCGGUCUAUCCUUCGACGGUUGUCACUUUCCUCCAGACCAGACGCAGAAAAUUGCGAGCUCUCAAGUAUCGUGGUCAAAAGCUGGAUCGCAUCAGUUCGAUUGAGCGACAGGUGGAGGGAAAACUGCGCACCACGUGGCUCAGUCGGAUCAUUUUACCUCUCCGAACGGCCGUACCUUCCGCCGAGGUUCAUCAUCACCAACACCAUCAUCAUCACGAACCAGCGAAGAAACGAAACGCCGCGGAACGUGACGCGGAAGACAGUGACGAUUCGUCGGAGGAAGGAAGCGUACUGGAAUUGUUGGAUAAAUACGCGGAUAAAGCGGGAGAUUCUAGUUUCAACGUCGAGGAUGCAUCCCAAGAAUCAUCAUCCGACAGUUAUAUAUCAGAAAAUGAGGAACCAACAAUUGCGGAGAAAUCUCCUCUUCCGGUGCAGCCUGACAGGCAAAUUACGAAUGAUACUUCAGAGUUGAAAGAGAUGGGCGCUGUCAGCAAACAAUCGGUUGGAGAGCACAAGAAGUCCCAAGAUACCAAAGAAUCGGUGGGUUCCGAAAAGGCAACAGAUCCUACCCAGACUGAGAAGCACAAUAAAGUAGAAAAGUCAAACAAAUCAGACCGUGUAGAGAAGGAUACUUUCACAAAUGGCAACGAAGCUACCAGUGGAACUCUAGCCGAUGGAUUCGUCGAGAACGGAUCGACCGAAGUGAGUAAGCACGAGGAGGCUAAAAACGUUUACGGAUCCAGUCGUUCCAAAUCCGCGGGAAACCUAGAAAAAGAACAAGCGUUGAACUGCUCGAGCAAUUCUUCCAAAAGUGUUCCGAUCUUAUCUUCACCCGAAAACGAAAACAAUGAGAACAGACCGAUGAAUGCAAACGUCCUGCCUACCAAGGAGCAGUUAGAUUAUGUCGUUAAGGAGGAUGAUUCCAAAUCCCUGAAAUCGGCCCACGUGUCGUUGACCGACGUCAAGACGAACAUGCCGCAGAAGACCAAGCAGCAUCACUCCCAGCAAGCGAACGGAAACGUUGGAAAGAAGAACAGGAACAGACCGAGCCACAACUAUUACUAACUAUUGUUUAAUGUGUGAUUUGUUUUCUGUAUCGGGUAAACUGUGUUGUUUGAACGUUUCGAUAUGAUAUCUACUAAUACUUAUUAUUAUUCAAAGCCGCAACAAUGUUUUAAAAAAUAUAUGUGUACUGUUGCUCAAA